GAACUCACCAACUCAUCACACCUACUUUCGCGGUCAUCUCAGGACUUUGCCAGUAGCCACUAACCACAUGCCAUCACUCGCCGCCGUCCGCGCCGCCAAUGCUGCAUUUUCCCCUUCCUACUUCCCCGUCGCAGUCUUCGUAGGCGGAACUGCCGGCAUUGGCAAAGCUAUCGCACAAUCCUUUGCGCGCGUCACCAAGGGCAACGCGCACAUCGUCAUCGUCGGGCGAAACAAGGCCGCCGCCGAGUCCGUCAUCGCGUCCUUCCCGAAACCCACCGCGCCAGAGGCCAAGCACGAGUUCGUCGCGUGCGAGGACGCCGCGCUCAUGCGCAGCGUCCGCACGACGACGUCGACGCUCCUCGAACGUCUCCCGAAGAUCAACUUCCUCGUCAUCUCUGCGGGCUUCUGGAGCUGGAAGGGGCGCGACGAGACCGACGAGGGCAUCGACCGCCGGCUCGGGCUGCACUACUACGCGCGCUGGAAGUUCAUCCACGACCUCCUCCCGCUCUUGCGCAAGGCGAAGGACGCUGACGAGGACGCGAAGGCCAUCUCGGUGCUCGCAGCUGGCGUCGGCGGAACAUCAAUCGACGUGGACAACCUCGGCCUGAGGAAGAACUAUAUCAUGUCGAAACCGGGUGUCGCGGGCCCAACUUACACCGACUUGAUGAUGCAGUCAUACGCAGAACAGAACCCGGGCCUGUCUUUCGUUCACACCUACCCGGGAAUCGUGCGCAGCGAGCUGCUUACGCGGUCGCAUUGGUCGAUGCGCGUGCUCAAUCCCCUCCUGCAAGCCCUCUUUUAUCCGGUGUCGUAUUCUCCGGAGGAUAGUGGGGAGUACAUGCUCUACGCGUUGUUGCAGGCCCCUGCAGGUGUCGCGCGAUACAAUGCCCAAGGUGAUGAUAUUGGGCGAUCUCCGCUAUACGACGCCGUAGACGUGCGGACGCGUCUCUGGGAGCACACGAAGGAAGAGGUGGAGGGUGCACUUGCAAAGCACGAUGCGACAGGCGCAUAGAGCAGACAGACUAUGGCACGCUUGAGUGUACUACUCUCUAUCCUGCCAACGUUAAUGGUAUCAUGUGUCCCU